AACAGACUGUAGUCUAUGGUUAAAAACGGGGAAAAGUAGUAUAUCCGGUUAACUUUAACGAAGACCGAGUUACGGAACUUAGCUAGCUAGUUAACUAGUUAAUUAAUUACCUAGUUAGUAAGUCGGUAAUCAUUACAUAAUUUUAAUAACCAUGCCUAAGCAUCACCAGCGGAGAGGAAGAGGAGGAGGAGGAGGAAGGAGAGGUUGUGUCAGGUGGAAACGGGGACCUCUAUGGAUAUCAUCAUCAGCCAAAACCACCGGCUCGCAUCCUCAGCACCGACAGCAUCUCCCUGCCGGCGGUCACCGCUGCAGGCACACAGCGCCCUUUUUAUGCGCCAAGGCGUUGCAUUUCCAAGGUAGAGACUCCCCGGGCAGCUUCUGUAAUUACCCUGACAAACCGCUUCUUCCUGUAAUAAGGACUAAUCGAGGGAAGACCCUGCUGGAAUAAAAGCGGAGCGUCAGUUUCCUCCAUUGAUAAACCGCUCUUCUCAUCGAUUCAGCCCAACGACGUCUUGGUAUAAGAGGACAAAACCAAUCCAAAAAACGGACGCUGAAGCUGAAGGGCGUCGGGCGCGAUGGCUAAUGCCUCCCCAGACCUGGACAACGCGGAAGCCCAGCGCCAGCUCAACAACAACAACCGACCAAGCAGCUCGGGAUUCUGGGAGACGGAGUGUACCAGCUCCAAGCUGUUCGAGUGCUCCCGCAUCAAGGCCCUGGCAGAUGAGCGAGAUGCGGUGCAGAAGAAGACUUUUACCAAGUGGGUUAACUCCCAUCUGGCCAGAGUGUCCUGUCGCAUAGCAGACCUCUACAACGACCUGAGGGAUGGAUACAUGCUCACCAGACUGUUGGAGGUCCUCAGUGGAGAGCUGCUGCCGAGGCCUACACGGGGUCGUAUGCGGAUUCACUGCCUGGAGAAUGUUGACAAAGCCCUCCAGUUCCUUAAAGAACAGAGGGUUCACCUGGAAAAUGUUGGUUCCCAUGACAUUGUGGAUGGAAACCACCGUCUCACCCUGGGCCUUAUGUGGACCAUCAUCCUACGCUUCCAGAUUCAGGUGAUCAAAAUAGAGACGGAGGACAACAGAGAAACUCGUUCUGCCAAGGAUGCCCUGCUGCUCUGGUGCCAGAUGAAGACGGCAGGGUACCCUGAGGUCAACAUCCAGAACUUCACCACCUGCUGGAGAGACGGCCUCGCCUUCAACGCCCUCAUACACAGACACAGGCCUGACCUGAUUGAGUUCCACAAGCUGACGCGGUCCAAUGCAACUCACAACCUCCAGCAAGCCUUCAACAUCGCUGAGCAGCACCUGGGCCUCACCAAACUCCUGGACCCUGAGGAUGUAAACACAGAGAACCCAGACGAAAAGUCCAUCAUCACUUAUGUGGUCUCCUAUUACCACUACUUCUCCAAGAUGAAGGCUCUUAUUGUGGAGGGCAAGAGGGUUGGCAAGGUACUAGACAACUGUAUUGAGGCAGAGAAGAUCAUCAACCGCUAUGAGGCUCUGGCAUCAGACCUGCUGGACUGGAUAGAAAAGACCAUCGCGGUCAUUAGCAACCAGAAGUUUGCAAACUCGCUGACCGGAGUUCAACAGCAGCUGCAGGCCUUCACAACCUACUGCACCAUAGAGAAGCCCAUCAAGUUUCAGGAGAAGGGGAAUCUCGAGGUCCUUCUGUUCACCAUCCAAAGCAAGCUUAGAGCCAACAACCAGAAACCCUAUGUGCCUCAUGAUGGGAAGCUCAUCUCAGACAUCAACAAGGCCUGGGAGAGGCUGGAGAAGGCGGAACAUGAGAGGGGCGUGGCUCUGCGCAAGGAGCUGAUUCGUCAGGAGAAGUUGGAGCUGCUGGCUCAGUGCUUUGACCACAAAACCACCAUGAGACAAGCCUGGCUCAAUGAGAACCAGAGGCUUGUAUCGCAGGACAAUUUUGGCUAUGACCUACCAGCUGUCGAGGCGGCAAUGAAGAAACACGAGGCCAUCGAGGCAGACAUAGCCUCGUAUGAAGAGCGAAUUGGCGUGGUGGUGGAACUUGCUGCAGAGAUGGAGACAGAAGGAUACUACGACAUUCGGCGUAUCUUGGCACGUAAGGAGAACAUUCUGGGCCAGUGGAGUCUGCUGAAGGAGCUGGUGGCUGGAAGGAGGACCCGGCUGGAGAAGAACCUGGCCCUGCAGAAGACUUUUCAGGACAUGGUCUACAUGAUCGACUGGAUGGAGGACACACAGGUCCAGCUUCUGUCGAAGGACUUUGGGAAGCAUCUUCUGGAGGUGGACGACCUGCUGCAGAAACACGGCCUGCAGGAAGCUGACAUUGCAGUGCAGGCUGAGAGGGUCGAGACACUCAACACCGCUGCACUCAAAUUCACCACUAUAGAGGGUUACCAACCGUGUGACCCACAGGUGAUCUGUAACCGUGUCAACCAUGUCUCUUCCUGUCUGGAGGAGCUGAAACAACUGGCAGCUAAAAGGCGUGAUGAGCUUGAGGAGUCGAGACAACUGUGGGCCUUCUUUCAGGAGCUGGAGGAGUCGGAGGCCUGGAUCAGGGAGAAGAGCUCCAUCCUGGGAGCUCAGGGUUAUGGGAAGGACCUGAGCAGUGUGCUGAAGUUACUACAAAAACACAAGACUCUGGCAGGAGAACUGCUGGCUCACCGGUCACUGCUGCAGAACACCAUGAAGCGAGGAAAGCAGAUCCUGAGUGAGAAGAGCUUUGGCACCGCGGGGAUCCAGGAGAGCAUCAUGGAGGUGAAGGGUGAGUGGAAGAGGCUGGAGGACCAGGCCGCGCAGCGUCUCGGCCACCUGCAGGAGGCGCUAAACUUUUUUCAGUUCUCCACGGAGACAGACGACCUGGUAGUAUGGCUGCAGGACGCUUACCGUCUGGUCUACAGCGAAGACUUUGGACACGAUGAGUACUCCACCCAGUCCCUUCUGAAGAAACACAGAGGGGUCAGCGAGGCCAUCGACAAACAUCGUCUGCAUGUAGUGACACUGCGUAAACACAUGGUGCUGCUGCCUCUGCGCUACCGUGAACAGGAGGAGGUGCAGGUGCGUAUGGGAGAGGUGGAGCAGCUCUAUACUGAGGUGGCCGAGGUGGCUGUGCUCCGACAGCAGUGGCUCCACGACGCACUCGCUGUCUACCGCAUGUUCAGCGAGGUCAAUGCCUGUGAGCUGUGGAUUGAUGAGAAGGAGCAGUGGUUGGACAAGAUGGAGAUCCCAGAGAGACUGGAGGACGUGGAGAUGGUCGCACACAGGUUUGAGAGCCUGGACCAGGAGAUGAACAGCCUGAUGGGUAGGAUCCUGGACGUUAACCAGAUAGUUCAGCAGCUCCUGGAUGGUGGUCAUCCAUCCUCUACAGAGGUCAGAGGUUGUCAGGACCACCUCAACUCAAGGUGGAACAGCAUUGUGGAGCUGGUUGAGCAGAAGAAAGAUCAGCUGGAUUCGAUGUUACGCCUGCAGAACUACCUGCUGGAGUGUGCCGAGAUCAAGUCCCAGAUCCAGGACAAGAGAAAAGCCAUCGACGCCACUCAGUACAUGGGCAGCGACCUGGGAGGAGUCCUGGCUCUGCAGAGACGCCUCUCCACCAUGGAGGGAGCCCUGUCUGUCCUGGAGCCCAAACUUCUGCAUCUACAGGAAGAGGCGGAACAUAUGGCCACCGCCCACCCAGGUCGGGCCAUGGAGGUUCUCGUGCCCUUUGAUGGCAUCAGUGUGGAGUGGGAGGAGCUGAAACGCACCCUGCAGGGCUGUGAGGACUCGCUGAUGGUGGCUAGCAGGCUGCAGAGCUUCAUACAGGACCUGGACUCGUUCCUCACCUGGUUGGUCCAGACGCAGACGGCCGCCGCCUCAGACCAGCUGCCCAACAACUUGGAAGAGGCGGAGAAACUCAUCAACAAACAUGCUGCCCUAAAGGAGGAGAUUGGACGGUAUGAAGAGGACUAUGAGCGCUUGCAGGCCAUGAAUGAGCUGCUGGAGUCCGAGGAGGCUCCUCUCCCUCAGGCCGCCCUGCAGCAGUGGCUCCAGAAGCUCGAUGUUGGCUGGAACAAACUGCUGGAGAUGUGGGAGAGCAGGAGGGAAGUUCUGGUCCAGGCUCACAUUUUCCAUCUGUUUCUGCGAGAUGUCAAACAGGCCGAGUCCUUCCUCAACAACCAGGAGUCGGCCCUCGCUCACGUGGAGCUGCCCACCACGGUGGAAACAGUCGAAGCCUCCAUAAAGAAACACAAGGACUUCACCACCACCAUGGAGCUGAACCUGCACAGGAUCAAAGCUGUGAUCGAGGCUGGAGAGAGUCUGAUCAGCCAGAGUAACAUCUACUCUGACCGCAUCAAGGAACGCAUCGACACCCUCGCCAACAGGGGAAACCAGAACAGAGAGCAGGCCCAGCAGUGGCUGGAAAAACUGAACGACCAGUGGGAACUUCAGAGGUUUCUUCAGGACUGUCAUGAGCUGGGGGACUGGGUGUGUGAGAAGAUGCUAAUGGCGAGGGACAGCAGCCGAGACGAGACCCAGAAGCUUCAUAAGAAAUGGCUGAAGCACCAGGCCUUCAUGGCCGAGUUGGCCCAGAAUAAGGAAUGGUUGGACAAAAUUGAAAAGGAGGGCCAGCAGCUGAUCCAGGAGAAGCCGGAGCUCAGCCAGGUGGUCCGGAGGAAGCUGGAGGAGAUCAGGGAGUGCUGGCAGGAUCUGGAGAGCACCACCCAGGCCAAAGCCCGCCAGCUCUUUGAGGCCAACAAGGCCGACCUGCUGGUGCAGAGCUACGAAAGCCUGGACCAGAGACUGGGCCAGCUGGAGUGUCAACUAGCCUACGUGGACCAGGGACAGGACCUCACCACUGUCAACAAGCAGCUGAAAAAACUACACACCAUGGAGAGCCAUAUGGAGGAGUGGUAUAAGGAGGUGGGGCAGCUCCAGGCGCAGGUGGCCACCAUCCCACAGCAGACGCAGACCAAGGAGACGGUUGCAGAGCGUCAAGCCAUUGUGGAGGCCAGGAUGGUGCGUCUGAUCGAGCCGCUGAAGGAGAGACGACGCAUCCUGCUGGCGUCCAAAGAAGUUCACCAAGUCGGACGAGACCUGGAGGAUGAGAUCUUGUGGGUCCAGGAGCGCCUCCCAAUGGCCAUGUCUCAGGAGCACGGCUCCUCUCUGCAGGCAGUCCAGCAGCUCAUGAAGAAGAACCAGACACUUCAGAGAGAACUGCAGGGCCACAGGAGCAGGAUCGAGGACGUCCUGGAGAGGGCGGGGAUCAUCGCUUCCAUACGCAGCCCAGAGGCCGACUGCGUCAGGGCGGGCCACGACCAGCUGGCCCAGCUGUGGGCUCUGCUCUGGGCCGAGACCGAGAGGAGGCAGCUGGUCCUGGACGCCAUGUACCAGGCGCAGCAGUACUACUUUGACACAGCCGAGGUGGAGGCCUGGUUGAGCGAGCAAGAGCUGCACAUGAUGAACGAGGAGAAGGGGAAGGACGAGCCGAGCACACUUCAGCUGCUAAAGAAACACUUAGUCCUAGAACAGACCAUCGAGGACUACGCUGAGACCAUCGGCCUGCUGUCGCAGCAGUGUCGACAGCUGCUGGAGAUGGGGCAUCCAGACUGCGAGCAGAUCAGCAAGCGUCAGUCCCAGAUCGACCGUCUGUAUGUGUCUCUGAAGGACCUGGUGGAGGAGAGGAAGAGCCGCCUGGAGCAGCAGUACUGGCUCUACCAGCUUAACAGGGAGGUGGACGAGCUGGAGCAGUGGAUCGCUCAGAAGGAGGUGGUCGCCAGCUCGCCCGAACUGGGUCAAGACUAUGAGCAUGUCACUGUCCUGCAGGAGAAGUUUACGGAGUUUGCGUCAGAGACGGGCAGCGUGGGGCAGGAGCGAGUGACGGCCGUCAACCAGAUGGUGGACGAGCUCAUCGACUAUGGCCACUCAGAGGCCGCCACCAUCGCUGAAUGGAAGGAUGGGGUGAACGAGGCCUGGGCCGACUUGCUGGAGCUCAUGGAGACUCGGGCGCAGAUGCUCGCCGCCUCACACCAGCUGCACAAGUUCUUCUCUGACUGCAGAGAGGUUUUGGCCCAGAUAGAGGACAAACAUCGAAGGCUGCCAGAAGUUCAGGCUCGGCAGGGCAGCACUGCCAACACCAGCACCCUGCAGAGACUCCUGCACAGCUUCGAACAGGACAUACAGCUGCUGGUCACGCAAGUGCGUCAGUUGCAGGAGAGUGCAGCUCAGCUAAGGACGGUGUACGCCGGCGAGAAGGCCGAAGCCAUCGCAUGCCGCGAGCAUGAAGUGAUGCAGUUCUGGAAAGAGCUGCUGACGUCCUGCGAGGAGUGUCGAGUACAGAUUACCACUGAGACAGACAAGCUGAGGUUCUUCAGCAUGGUCCGAGAUCAGAUCAUGUGGAUGGAAUCGAUCAUCUGUCAGAUAGGGACAGGAGAGAAACCCAGGGACGUGUCCUCAGUAGAGGUGCUGAUGAAUUAUCACCAGAGUCUGAAGAGUGAAGUGGAGGCUCGCAGACGGAGCACCCUGGAGUGUAUCGAGACGGGCAAAACUUUGCUGGCUGCUAGAAACCCAGCCGCUGAAGAGAUCAAGGAGAGGCUGGACAAGGUGGUUGCUAAACAAUAUGAGAUGUCUGAGAAGUGGGACAAGCACUGGGAAUUUCUACAGCAAUUGUUGGAAGUUCACCAGUUUGCCCAGGAGGCGGUAGUGGCGGAGGCGUGGCUGACCGCUCAGGAGCCGUUCAUCAGCAGCAACGAGCUGGGCGGUAGUGUAGACGAGGUGGAGCAGCUGAUUCGUCGGCAUGAAGCCUUCCGCAAAGCCGCCGCCACCUGGGAAGAGCGAUUCAGCUCCCUGCGUCGACUCACCACGGUGGAAAAGUUGAAAGCAGAGCAAAGUAAACAACCCCCGACCCCUCUGCUGGGUCGUAAAGUCUUCCUGGACCCCCAAGAUGGCUCACCCAAUGCAUCCACCCUGCCCCGCCUCCCGAUCUCCCCCGUCAUGAGACAGACCAUCUAUGAGCAGAAUGAAGCCAACUCUCCUCCCUCGCCCUCACCUGCCACGCCUACACCUUCUCCUUCAUCUGUGGCUUGUCGGCUGGGGUCAACAGUCGCCAACUACACCCCUGUGAUGAACGGCUCCAGCUACCGCCACACCCUGGAGGCGCGGCACGGAGGCGUAGUGGGUGUAGCUGCAGGACUAGGCCAGCCCGCACCUUCCUCGAUCGCCUCAGUUGCCACGGCGGCCAUGCUAGUCUCAGCCAACCAGGCGCGAGAGAGCGCCAGCACAGCGAGGGACCAAGCGACAAAGGUGAUGAGUCACCUCCAGCCAGUGCAGACGGCGAGGACACUGGAGGUGAAAUCCUCCACGUACCUACGGCAACCGAAAAUCAAACACUUGGAUGAUGCGGUGACGCCGCUGCUCGUGGCCAGCCGGCUGGAGAAAGCGAGGGAGAGGGAGAGGGGGAGGGAGAGGGAGAUGAUGAUGGGAGAAAUAGGGACAGAGAGAGCGGAGGUGGCUGUGAUGGCCGAGGUGGUGCUUCAGGAGCCGAGGGAGCGCCUGCACAGCGAGCCCACCCGAGGGUCUCGGGGGUCCAGGACUGACCUGUUGGGCCCCACUGAGCCCCAGGGCCACACCCACCACAGGAUAGAACGGCAGCUGUCCAGCGAGCAGCUGAUCCAGGCACGCAGGGACGAGCUUCCUCAGGAGGUGUGGAGGGAACAGGCCGAGAGGCGGGAGAGACGUACGCUGGAAAGGCAAACGUCCAGCGAGCAGGAGGGCCACGGGAGCCAUGAGGGCCGGCGGAGAGAGAGGGACCGACACCGGCCGGACAGACAGGAAUCCAGUGAGCAUGACACCGGGAAAGAGCACUCAGACAGACGCUCAGCAGGAGGAGAAAAGAGAUCCACCAUGGCAGAAAUUGUAGAGCAACUGCAAGAAAGAGAAGCAGCACAGGCCCGCGGUGAGGUUCCUCGAGUGCCUAACGGGGUACCAGAGAAGUCUUCCCGUCUCGACCGGCCUCGGGCUCGGGACAGACCCAAACCAAGGCGUCGACCACGACCCAAAGAGCCAGGAGAGACUACGCGGCGGUCCAGGUCCGCUCCGGCCCAGAGCAGCCCGGCAGUCCCCCAGCCGCCAACACACACCGCACACCACGAGGGCUUCCUCUUCCGCAAGCUGGACAUCGAGACCCUGAAAAAGAGCACCAAUAGCAGGUCAUGGGUCAACCUGUACUGCGUGCUGAAAAAGGGGGAGAUGGGUUUCUACAAGGACGCCAAGAACACCGCCACAUCCUACAACAACGAGCCGCUGCUCAACCUCUCCCACUGCCACUGCGACGUCACCAACGGCUACAAGAAGAAGAAGAACGUCUUCACGCUCAAAACGAAGGACGGCAGUGAGUUUUUGUUUCAUGCAAAAGAUGAGGACGACCUCAAAGUGUGGGUGACCAACAUCACCGGCAGUAUUACGGAGCACGAGGAGAUUGCCAAAUGGGGUCAGCCCCAACCAACUACCUCAUCCACAGACGAGGGCACGCGCCGCGACGGCAGCAAAGCGGACAACAGGUCAGAGCGCGGCGGCGAGCGCUCGGACCGGGCCGAUCGGAUCGAGCGGGCAGAUAAAGAAAAGGAGAAAGAGAGAGAAAAGGAGAAGGAGAGAGAGAAGGAGAAGGAGAAGGAGAGAGAGAGGGGCGAACGGUCGGAGAGGUCAGAGCGGGGAGGGAAGUCGGACGCAAAGCGCUCGGAAAAGUCCGCUAAGAAAAAGUGAGCCGGGCGACGGAUCGAUCUCGGGAUUUGAAUCGUGAACCGUGAACUCCGGCUAGGAGGCGGGGCCAUAGAAUGGUAGUGAACGCCCCCCUCCUUCUCUCCGCCUCCAACACUGUCAACAAAGCGGUUGUGUUUGGAUGGAAAGUGACACACAGGACAGAAGGACUGACCCAGGCUCACUUAUAGGACGGAUUUGGUGCAGGAGACGUCUUUCUCUCUCUUUCUCUCUCUUCUUCUGUGUCUCUGUGAGAACACACAGAGUCACUGACGCUCCACCUACGCCCCUCCCCCCCCCUCCCCCCCUCCCGGUGGCUGUUUCAGAGAACUGCAGAGAGAGUUCCGUGCUGCUGAACCUCGGGCAGCGUUAACGCGAGAGAGAGACGGGACAUGCAUUACAUUAGCUCAAAGUCUGAUUGCUGGUAGUGCGAGAAAACGUAGCUCAUUCUGUUCCAUGUUUGUUUUUUCUAUGAGAUGAGCUGUACAUGUAUGUAUUUCUUGUCUGUCUGUCAUAUCUACUGUAUCUAUCUUUCAUCCUACACUAUGUCUCAUUACUCCUCAGAAAAUGGAAAGACAAUGAAAUUAUGCCAAAAUGUUUUACAGACAUAUAAACUUCAUCCAAGUUCACUACGGAUGAGUCAGCACUGAUAAACAGCUACAGCACUGAGCUGAUUCUAGAAAGGUGGAAAGAUGGUGAUGUAAGACGAGAGAAGAGUAGAUGGCCAACAAGGGUGAUUACCUUCAAAACAAUCAGGAACACAAGAAACAAGAGGAAAGCAAAAAUGUUUCGUUGUUGCUCAGAAAGUCAUAGAAAAUACAUCCAAAGGCUUGAAACCCUUAAGAAAGAUCCCCCCUGAAAUUUGCUUGAAUUGUUGAACUCUGCCCACAAAGAGCAAACAGAGCAGCUUCCCUUCGUUUAUAUAGGAUUUAGGAUUACAUCUGUGCAAGACAGAUGGGUCACAAGAUGUUUAAACUGUGACAUAAAGACAGUGUGGUCACUGCAGCCACUUGGGCUCCCAAGUUUAAUUUAUUAAAAAAACAAAAACAUGUACAGUUCAUAGAUUAAAAACUUCAUCUGAUGGUAAACUCUGGCUCCCAGGGGUCUCAUUCAUUUCAUUUUACUUUAAAGACACAUAAAAAGGCAAAAACAAACUAAAGCAUUCAUAUUUUAGAAAGCUGUAGAGGCAAAGAUUUAUAUGUUUCGAUAUCUCAAAGGAAGUGGGUGAAAUUCAUUGUAACCUGCUGAUUUUAGCAUCAAGGAUCCAUUUCCCAUAAGUUACAUGUUUGGCUUUGGUCAUAAGCACAAAAUCUGCGCCUGGCAUGUUUUUAAUGAAUGAGGCCCUCAGGCUGAAAACAGGCGCCAUCUACUCUUUUAUUCUCUUAUAACAUCAAACAACUCGUUGGUUAUUCUCUUUGAUUUAUUCACCCAAAUCUGUUGCGUCCUCUUUUUUUUUAUACAGAAUUCAAAAUAUCUUGUUUUUCUGCGUGCAGUGUGUUUGUGCGUGUUUGUGCAUGUGUGCGUGUGUGUGUGUGCGUGUGUGUGUGUGUGUUUGUGUGUGUUGCUGCUCCUCUCCGCUCCCAGGGUCUCCAUAGCUCUCAGGUUAUCUAUGUUAGUGUGUGCUUACCGUGUGCUUCACAUGUUAAUAUGUUUGUCCCCUCAGACGCCACCUCAGUCUUCCAGACAUGGCCAAACCACGACACACACACACACACACACACACACACACACACACACACACACACACACAGAAGAAUAUAACUCAGCAGGUUUAAAAUGUCAAAGGUUAUAAACAUGUUCCAGAGUGUAAAAGGUCGUCAACUUGUCCAGGUCAACAUCUCAUUAGCGUAGAAUUAGACGGGAAUAUAUGAAUGAAUGAAUGAAUGAAUGAAUGAAUGAAUGAACUGACACACCGUUGAGAGCCAGGAUAUCAGACGGACCAAAUAUUAAGAAAAAGGGGGUUGAACUGUCUGUAAGUUGUGAGAUUGCAUGUUUUGCUUGAAGAGAAAUCACUCGUCAAUAGAAGCUUGUGUUUGCAGCCUGUUGACUCGCCAUCCACGCAUCAGUUUAUGUUACAUUUCUGGGUUCAAAAUUAGCACCAUUUACCAGCCAAAUGCUGGUAAAAUAUGCAAGUGGCUGGUAGAUUUGCUUCAUUCACCAGCCAAAAAAAACAACGGUGAUUUAUUGAGUGGCUGGUGAAUUCUGAACAUUCACUAGCCAUUUGGCUGGUGGAGGAAAACGUUCAUUUUAAACCCUGCGUCACCACAAAGCCAUAAGGGGAGAAUUGUCAGAGUCUAAUAAACUUGUAAAUGCAGCUGGGGAAUUUUGGGAAGCACCAGCCGCAGAGGUUGAUGGGCAAACUAAAGUUACUUUCCUGCCCUGGUAGGAGCAUCUUCAUCAAAUCAUUUCAAAUACCAAUAAUGUUUUAAUAUCACUGCUACUGGAUGAAAACAUUGUUCAUUUCAGUUCCGGUGUUUUUAAAUCUUUCAGUUAAAGUCCACCGGUGGUUAUUUCGAACAUUCAAACAUGUAGUGGAUGAGAUGGUCCCAAUCAGGGCUGGUAUGUUCCUCCUAACUCUUUAAAACCACUGCGAACCAAACACUGUCUGCUCAUGGUUUAUAAGCUAUGUUCAGUACACGUUUGUUUACUUUGUCUCUGGUUUUCCUGCUGGUACUGGAGCUAUUUUUUUCCCUUUCUUUAAAUACAAAAAAACAAAACACUAUUGACAAUAAAAGAAAACACAUUGACAUUAUUGUUGACUGUAAAAAUGUGAUUUUAGUUGUACUUUAAACUUAAAAGUUUACAUUCUCCUCUGAGGAGGCUGUAGAGCCCAAAAAUCCCACUUAGAAAUCACACUUACAAAAAGUCCAAAUUUGCCAGGUUAAUUAUUCUGUUUCUCAAAAGUUUAAUAUUAAGGUUACGAGAGUAUUAUUAUAUCUCGCUGCUCCUUUUUUUUUUUUUUUUGUACCUUAUUCACUUCAAGAUUUUAAAUUCUGUACUGACCUGUUGGUCAGCUUCAUGGUUAUCAUAAAACAUGUCUCCAGAACUGUAACUUCAAAUUAUUUUAACACACUUUAUGCAUUUAAAUUAGGUGUGAAUGCCAGAUCAAUGCAAUCAUUUACAUGCAUGUUGGACACAAAGUCAAGAGUUAAAAGAGGUGAAUAUUGAAUGAGCAAAUUUUCCACAUGUAAAGUGACACGGUACAAUCCUCUACUGUCAGAUUAUGAGUCUAACAGCGUAAUAAACUGACACAUUUUGUUGCUGUAGAUACACGCGGGACAAAACAUGCAGGGUACAGCUAACUCGUUAACAGAUAACAUUACAAAGUAUUUAAUUUGAACCGUUUUACACAGCAGAAACAACGUGAAAGUCAGCGUGGUAAACAUCAUGGCGGAUGGUACCCUGCCUGUCUGUGUGUGUCUGUGCUGUUCUGUUCACAUCGAACUCAGUCUGUCGGCUGAGAUGAAAUGACGAAUAAAAUACCUUUUGGUUUAUCAUAUAUGUA